UUCAAUUUGGAGAAAUAAAAAAAAAAUAUUUUAAUACUUACGUAGUGAAAAGUGAUCAAAGAAUUAAUUAUUAUGUAGUGAAUUUGUGUUAUUAGAAAGCUAUAGGAUAGAAAUAUGGGAUAGAAGUUAUAAUAAAAAAAAAAAAUAAAACGAAAUUCUAUAAAUAAAUAUUAUAAAAUCCAAACGUACUUAAAGCAACAAAAUGUUACUCUGCUAUUUUAAAUAGUGUUUUACUAUAAAUAAACUUUUUUCUAUUAUUCUGUAUUUAUUCUGAGACGCAACUGGAUCACAAAUCAGAUUCUUCAUCGAAUUUAUUAACAAAAAAUAAAGAGAGAAGCGGAUCAAAAACAACAAUGAAUGCAAAAGCCUCCCCUUUACUCGUUAAGAAAGAGUCUUGUUCAGAUGAUAUAAAGGAUUACGCUGAAAGUGCAAUGAAUGAGUUACUCGGCUGGUAUGGCUAUGACAAAAUCAAUCAGAACGAAAUAAAGCCCACAUACUCCAGGAAGAAAUUAUCCGACAAUGCAGAAAGUAAGAAUGAAAGCAGUUGUAGCAACAGUGCAGUAGGCAUUUGUGAUGAUUCAGAGUAUGAGAGCUUAUGUGAUAGCUCCAAGAGUCAUUUCCAAGUAAAAGGGGUUAACCAUGAAAAUAUCUGCAGCUGGUGCCGGAGGACAGUUUCAACAAAGUCGCCUGAAGUGCUGGGAUCUCCAGAUGGCCCUUUAUUUUGUUCAGAGUCGUGCUUUUCACAAAGUAGGAGGGCAAACUUCAAAAGAGCGAAAGUCUGUGAUUGGUGUAAGCACGUGCGUAAUGCUGUAAAUUACGUGGAUUUUCAAGAUAAUGCCGCUCAACUGCAAUUUUGCUCAGACAAGUGUUUGAACCAAUACAAAAUGCAGAUAUUUUGUAACGAAACUCAAGCGCAUCUCGAAGCUAAUCCCCAUUUAAAAGAAAAAAUAGAUAUUUCUAAUGGAUUAAUUACACCAGAUUUAUGGUUGAAAAAUUGUAGAUCGGAAACACCAAUAUCUGAGCCAUCCGAAAGAACACCAUCGCCGGCUUUGGUGCAUACAAUAUACGCAAAACCAAGUUCUCCUCACAGUAUUAAUCAGGGCAACAAUGAAAGUAACGAGAAAAAGCCACUUAUAACAGUUGCACCUGUAUCAAAGCUAUUGAAUAAGAAUUUUGCACCAAGACCACCUCUGCGAACGGUGAAACGACGAAGACUGAGGGCUUUUCGAAAUAUUUUACCUUUUGAAAAUAACAAUAAUAAUGCUGAUAAAGCUCCGAUUUUAAAAGAAUCAUCGAAAUUAGAUCCGAAGCUUCAAGAACAAGAUCGUGAAACUCCGCAUGUAGUACCACCACCUCGUCAACCACAUCCGAUGUUCAGACCAUUACAUCCUCUAUUGAGAUCUGCACCACCUGUUACGAUUAUGGUUCCUUAUCCAAUUUUGCUCCCGCUCGUAAUCCCAAUACCGAUUCCCUUGCCCAUUUUAAAGCCGGACGACUUAAAAAAAACUGAGUGUACUAAAAGUGAGGAGCCAAACACGUCAAUCGAUCACACGAGAAACACACAUGAACAGAAUGAGGAAAAAACAGAUAAAGUGCUCAACGAUGGCUCGCCGGAGGAGUUAGGCAAGGUAAAUGAAGAAAAUGCUGAACAUAAAUUACCCAAGUUUAAAAUAACAAGGCUUUCAACAAAGCGAAAUUUAGUAAGAGAAUGCGAAAAGGAGAAAAACAGACCCCUAAGGAAGCGAAAGUUUGACCAUCAUCAAAUAAUUGAAUUGGAAGAUGAAAAGAACAAGAACAAAUAAUUUUAAAACUAUACGAAUUUGUGCAAAGUAAAUAGAAUAAAGAACAAUAAUAUGAAGCUGAGU